AUGGGUUUCUAUGAACUAGGUAAUAACUCACACCCACUCUCACUCGCUCACUGGCACUGUUCACAGAAGGAAAACUCUUCAUUUUGUCACAGAACGUUUGGGCUUAAGAGGAAUCGACAUAUUGAUGGGUUGCAAUGUCAUGAUUCGUUUAUCUCCUGUCGUGUUAAGAGGAUAUUUACAACAGUGUGUCUCGCAGGUGUAGGAACAGGGUUUGCAUUUGCUCACUGCACAACCUGCAAGGCUCCUUACCAUUUGAGAGUUCAUGUUAUUGCUGAUAGAAAAUGGCGAACCUUGAAAUUCCGAUUCUUUGUCACUAGAGACAUUAUUUUUAUAUUUCUGGCUGUUCAGCUUGUAGGUGAUUGCUUCAUUGGCAUAUUUGGUGUAUCUAAUAGAUGGUUUCCAGCAAUUCUGGCUUCGUCUUGCAUGGUGUAUCUAAACGUUUGGGUUUCGUUCACCUUUGUCUGGAACACAAAGAAGCACCUGACACAGAGAGUCCAGAAUUUGGACGAUAAAUUGCUGGAGCAGAAGAAGGCAGCUAUUAAAUAUUGGAUACAAAAAUGCAAGAUCCAUGGUAAAUUAAUUGGGCACAAACCACAUAUUACAAAACCAGGAUGA